GACUACAUCUCGUGACGCCAUUCAGAUUCUUCCUUUCUGUCGAACUCUUGUGAGUGGAACAUGUCGCAUACAGCAGAACGAAGAAAUGAUGAUCAAUGGCCAGGAGAUUCAAAAAAUGGUCCUAGCGAAAGUGAGCAACCUACAUAUGAUGGACCACCAGGAAUGGAUCCUGAUGGCAUCAUCGAGUCCAACUGGGAUGUUGUUGUGGAAAACUUCGAUGAAAUGAAUUUGAAAGAAGAACUAUUGCGUGGUAUAUAUGCUUAUGGCUUUGAAAAACCAUCUGCGAUCCAACAACGUGCCAUCCUACCAUGUAUAAGGGGGCUCGACGUUAUUGCUCAGGCUCAGUCUGGUACUGGGAAAACUGCUACUUUCUCGAUAUCAAUUCUUCAACAAAUUGAUACUAAUAUUAAAGAAUGCCAGGCCUUGAUCCUUGCACCAACCCGUGAGUUAGCUCAACAAAUCCAGAAAGUUGUUAUCGCUCUAGGAGAUUUCAUGCACGCCGAGUGUCACGCAUGCAUUGGUGGUACCAAUGUACGUGAGGAUAUGCGAAAAUUGGAUCAGGGUGUUCACGUGGUCGUCGGUACGCCCGGUAGAGUUUACGAUAUGAUCAGUCGACGAGCUCUUCGGGCAAAUAGCAUCAAACUGUUCGUUCUGGAUGAAGCUGAUGAAAUGCUUUCCCGAGGAUUUAAGGAUCAAAUUCACGAUGUAUUCAAAUUACUACCCAAUGAAGUGCAGGUUAUAUUAUUGUCUGCAACAAUGCCAUCUGACGUAUUGGAUGUAUCAAAAUGCUUCAUGCGAAAUCCCAUUCGUAUUUUGGUUAAGAAAGAAGAAUUAACAUUAGAGGGUAUUAAACAAUUUUUCGUGUACGUCGAACGCGAGGACUGGAAACUAGAGACUCUUUGUGAUCUGUAUGACACAUUGAGUAUCACGCAGGCUGUUAUUUUCUGCAAUACACGGCGUAAAGUAGAUUGGUUAACAGAGAGCAUGCAUAAACGUGACUUUACUGUUUCGGCUAUGCAUGGAGAUAUGGAACAGAAAGAGCGCGAUCUUAUCAUGAGACAAUUCCGAACUGGAUCAUCCAGAGUUUUGAUUACUACCGAUCUUCUGGCUCGCGGUAUUGAUGUACAACAAGUCUCGCUUGUCAUUAACUAUGAUUUACCUUCCAAUCGAGAGAAUUACAUCCAUAGAAUCGGUCGUGGCGGUCGUUUUGGUCGUAAAGGUGUGGCUAUUAACUUCGUGACAGAAGAAGAUAAACGAACCUUGAAGGAUAUCGAGCAAUUCUAUAAUACGCAUAUUGAUGAAAUGCCAAUGAAUGUCGCUGAUUUGAUCUAAGUCCGACUAUUGGCUAUAAUCCAUUAUAAUAAAAAAAUAAUAAUAAAAAGCAGUUUUGGACAGUCCAGAUGAGGGCGACAUAUUUUUGGAAAUAAAGACCAGAUUUCCUGAUUUAAAAUCGAA